AGACAUAAAAUUCGGCGACAGAGAAGAAACUGGGACGGUGGGCAUAGKGUGUGUCAAGGCAUUAGAAUCUAUACCAAAUCGACAUUYUGACAUUAACAGCAUAGAAAGUUUUCGAUUCACUCAAUAUUAGGUAAGCUGUAUUUGUUAAAAURCUACCACUUUAUGUUAUGUACCACUUUAAAAGGUUUUUGAUGUGUAUGUUAAAUGUUGUUCAAAGCUGUGCAAAUGAGCUUCGAUGAUAUCAUCACGAUUUCGAUUGCAUUCGAUUUCGAUGAGGGAUAGUUUUUUUUCUUCAUAACCGACACAAUGCUACCGAUARUUUUUCAGCUGUCGCWAACGGUUUGAUCAAUUUAAUUUUCUAAAUGGGCUGUAUUCAGGCAAUAUGGAGGGAAAGCCSUGUUCGUAAUUCGAAGGUGUUCRUGAUAAAGGGUUGUUUGUUUGAUGUUUUUUUUUUCAUUAGAUUGAAUAAUAAAUCACUAUUUCACACCUACGUUAUCUAAUAAAAAAACUAACUACAAUAUAAUACUUUGGAGGUCUUCCUGAAGGUUUCUUUCAUAUCUGGUCGUAAUACAGAGGUGUUCGUGUAGGAGAGGGACCUGUUCGACAUAAGAUGCUGCAAUAAUAAGGACGUGUCCGUAAUAAAGAGCAUUUUCAAUGUCUUGUCAUAACUGUUCGUUGAGGUUUACAUGGCUAGAUUUGAAGAGCGAUCGAUCGUUAUAAUGAGUUUCCUUGGUCAUGAUGAGAGACAAGAUUAAUAAUGAAAAAAAAAGAAGAAAAGCAAAAAAGCAAAAAACAAACAAAAAAAACAAAACAAAACAAAAAACGUUUGAAGAAGACAGAUGACAACCGCGACUUUAUUGACUUCAAAAAAAUAAAUCCAUCUUCGAAUUGCCAAAUGAGCCGAUUCUUUGUAUUUAUACAGUUGCACACUUUGUAGUAAUUCCGUCGCAUUAAUCAGCCCAGUUCCCUAUAAAACCUUUAAGUAAGUCACGUCAUUAUACAAUACAACUUGAAUCCAAGAGAAGCAGCGACAAUGAAGACACUGAUAUUGCUCUCCGUUUUAAUAGUGUUCCUCCUUUGGGYAUCACCUAAUCCGGCCGAAGCUUAUAGAAAAGGAAGGUGUGGUCGUCCCAUCAAGCAGCCCCAUUCACGAGUAAUCGGUGGGGACGAUGCUAAUCGAGGUGCAUGGCCAUGGCAGGUUGCUCUUUAUGCCUGGGACAAAUAUUACUUAUGUGGAGGAUCCUUGAUCGAUCGUGAAUGGGUGGUGACCGCAGCCCAUUGUAUCUUCCCAAAUGUAGAGUACUCCAUUGUUCUGGGCGACCAUAUCCGUAACGUUACUGAAGGUAGCGAGCAGCGAAUCAACGCUUCAAAAUUCAUUUUGCAUCCAAACUAUAACUUGACCAUAAUCGACUCUGAUAUCGCGCUCAUUAAACUGGAACGUCCAGCAAGGCUGAACAGAUACGUUAGAACGGUAUGUUUGCCUCRACAGAACGAGCGCCUGUUUCCUGGUAAAAGCUGCUACAUCACUGGCUGGGGUAAGACACGUCACCCAGGGGGUGCCGCCAAUAUCCUGCAAGAAGCUGAACUUCCCGUCAUCAGCCGUUGCAAAUGUCAGACAAAGCUCUCGGCUGACAACGUGACUUCCACACAUUUUCCAGAACUAAAAAUAAGCMAAAACAUGAUCUGCGCUGGAGAGAAAGACUCCAUCAAGAGUGGUUGCCAUGGUGACAGCGGUGGUCCGUAUGUGUGUCGAGGAAGGCGUGGCCGAUGGGUUCUGCAGGGUGUGGUCAGUUGGGGGUCAGAAAGAUGCGACGCAUUCCAUCUUUACAGCGUCUUUGCACGUGUUGCCAAAUUCAGAAAUUGGAUCGAUAAGCAAAUGAAAAAGUAUUGUUUGAGUACAUCAGAAGCUGCGACAAUGAAGUCUUUUCUAUUGCUGUCGAUUUUGCUCGUGUUUUUCCUUUGGGAAACACCAUAUUCAGCCAAGGCAGSAAGCUGUGGUGUUCCUGCCAUAUCCCAAUCACGUGURAUCGGUGGUCAUGAUGCAGUCCAAGGUGCCUGGCCGUGGCAAGUUGGUCUUUACGAGGGAAGUUAUUUCUGGUGUGGRGGAUCYUUGAUCUCCCCCGAGUGGGUAGUGACCGCAGCACACUGCAUCUUUCCAUUUGUAAAUUACGCCAUUGUUCUUGGCGACCUCAAACGUAACGUCACUGAAGGUACCGAACAGCGAAUCAACGUCUCCAAAAUUAUCAUGCACCCAAACUGGAAUUUCAGCAUAAUCGACUCUGAUAUCGCACUCAUUAAAUUGGARCGUCCAGCUAUGCUGAACAGAUACGUUGGAACGGUGUGUUUACCUCAACAAGACGAACGCCUGCUCCCUGGAACAAGCUGCCACAUCACUGGCUGGGGGAAGACGCGUCACCCAGGGAAAGGCGCCAAUGUCUUGCAAGAAGCUGAACUGCCAGUCAUUAGCCCUAGCGAAUGUCACAGAAAGUUCUCAGCUGACAAUAAGACCAUCUCAUUUUUCCCAGMUUUAAAUAUAACCAACAACAUGAUCUGUGGAGGAGAGAUAGGUWCUAUUAAAAGCGGCUGCCAUGGUGACAGCGGUGGUCCGUACGUGUGUAAAAAAUGGAAUGGUCAAUGGGUUCUGCAGGGUGUGGUCAGUUGGGGGUCAUCCAMAUGCGACGCAUUCCAUCUUUACAGCGUCUUUGCACGUGUUGCCAAAUUCARAAAUUGGAUCGAUCAGCAAAUGAAAAAGUAUCGAUAUCCUUCUAUAAAACCUGGUCAGAAAAUUUUUCGUUCUUCAUUGUUAUUGUUUGUUGUAGGGUGUUGUUCUGCGUACUGUCCAACUAAACCAACUGCAUCAUGGACCACUAGGCCGACUGCAUCAUGGACCACAAGACCGACGUCAGGUCCACCCCAAAACAACUCAUGUAGUUUGGAUUAUGACCAGCCAUGCCGACGUUUCAUUCGCCAGGACAAGAACGAUGAUUUUGAUUGGACGCUACACUCAGGUUCUACCCUAAGCGGUCAUACUGGUCCUUCAGGAGACCAUACUACGGGAUAUGGAAAAUAUAUGUACACCGAAGCGUCUUAUCCCAGGAAGGAAGGGGAUCGUUCCCGCUUAAUCAUAUAUGUGAAAACCAAUUAUGCGGCUUGUUUUUUCUUCCACUACCAYAUGUAUGGUGAAAGCAUGGGUACCUUGARRAUCUAUGUCGAUUCUAAGUUGGCAUGGCAACUGUCUGGUAACCAAGGCAAUCAAUGGAUYAAAGGAACAAUUCCAGUGAGAUAUCGUGGUCAUCAUGUGAUCUACAUUGAUGGUAUAAGAGGGUCAUCUUUCGAAUCUGAUAUGGCGAUAGAUGACUUGGGAUAUCAGGAGUUUCGUUAUAUGUGGAAAUCAGAGUGUAUGGUCACACCAAGCUGUGCAGACCCACACCACAGACCAACAACACCAACAACUUACCCUACCUGGAGACCAGGAACAACUUACCCUACCUGGAGACCAGGAACAACUUACCCUACCUGGAGACCAGGAACAACUUACCCUACCUGGAGUCCAACUCGUUGGACCCCGAACCCCCCUCAUGUUGUUUGUGGCAGACCUUCCGUCUCUUCCUCACGUGUGAUAGGUGGUCAAAAUGCAGCUCCAGGAGCCUGGCCAUGGCAAGUUGGUCUUUAUGCCUGGGGCAAGUACUUCAUGUGUGGAGGAACUUUGAUUGCACCCCAAUUUGUGGUCACUGCAGCCCACUGCAUCUUCAGUGGUGCAAGGUACGAGGUUGUUCUUGGUGAUACCAAUCGUAACAAGAAUGAGACUUCCGAGCAGAAAAUUCCCGCCUAUAAAGUUAUCGUACACCCAGACUGGAAUAGGAACACGAUCGACUCGGAUAUUGCAGUGAUUAAACUAGCCCGCCCAGCAAUGAUAAACAAGUUCGUACAACCAGCCUGUUUGCCUCACUAUAACGAUUAUCUAUGGCCUGGCAAAAGGUGCUAUAUCACUGGAUGGGGGAAGAUUAAACACCCUGGCGGUGCCCACAACAUGCUACAGCAGGCAGUCCUUCCAGUGGUAGGCAAGUACGAGUGCGAAGCAAAGCUSUCAGSYAACAGUAGCUCAAGCAACUCCAGUUCUCCRGGACUUAGCAUAACAGAUAAUAUGAUUUGUGGAGGAGAGAGGGGUUCCAUCAAGAGCGGCUGCCAUGGUGACAGCGGUGGUCCGUACGUGUGUAAAAACUGGAAUGGUCAAUGGGUUCUGCAGGGCGUGGUCAGCUGGGGCUCACCGAGGUGUGACGCGCACCAUCGCUACACCGUCUUUGCACGUGUUGCCAAAUUCCGAAAUUGGAUCGAUCAUCAAUUGCAAUACCAAUUUGUUUGUGGCAGMCCUKCCGUCSCUUCCUUACGUGUGAUAGGUGGUCARAAUGCAACUCAAGGAGCCUGGCCRUGGCAAGUUGGUCUUUAUACGUCGGACAAUACUUUCGUCUGUGGAGGAUCUUUGAUCGCUCCCCAAUUUGUAGUUACUGCAGCCCACUGCAUCUUCAAUAAUGCAAGGUACGAGGUUGUUCUUGGUGAUACCAAUCGUAACGUCAAUGAAAAUAUUGUGCAGAGAAUUCCCGCUUAUAAAGUAAUCGUACAUCCAAAGUGGAAUAAGAACAACUUCGACUCGGAUAUUGCAGUGAUUAAACUAGCCCGCCCAGCAAUGAUAAACACUUACGUGCAACCAAUUAAGCAGCCUGGCAAUGCCACCAACAUGCUGCAACAGGCAGUCCUUCCAGUGGUCGGUGAGGACGAGUGCAAAGCAAAGCUCUCAGCUAACAGUAGCUCAAGCAACUCUAAUUCUCCAGGGCUGAGCAUAACGGAUAAUAUGAUUUGUGGAGGAGAGAAGGACUCCAUCAAGAGCGGCUGCCAUGGUGACAGCGGUGGUCCAUACGUGUGUCGAGGAUUGAAUAACCAAUGGUUUCUGCAGGGUGUGGUUAGCUGGGGCUCACCGAGAAGAGAAGYUUCGACGAUGAASGAUCUUCUAUUGCUCUUCUUUUUGGUUGGGUGCUGUUCGGCGUACUGUCCGACUAAACCGACUCCAUCUUGGACCACAAGGCCAACUCCAUCAUGGACCGCAAGGCCAACGUUAGGUCCACCCCAAAACAAAUCUUGUAGUUUGGAUUCUGACCAUCCAUGCCGACGUCAACAAGACAAGAAAGAUGAUUUUGAUUGGACGCUACAUUCAGGUUCUACACCAAGCCAUGAAACUGGUCCUUCAGGAGAUCAUACCAAUGGAUAUGGAAAAUAUAUGUAUACAGAAGCGUCUUAUCCCAGGAAGACCGGAGAUCGUGCCCGUUUAAUCUUAUAUGYGAAAACCAACUAYCCCGCCUGUUUUUACUUCCACUAUCAUAUGUAUGGUGAAAGCAUGGGCACCUUGAAGAUCUAUGUCGAUUAUCAUUUGGCAUGGCAACUGUCUGGUAACCAAGGCAAUCAAUGGAUUAAAGGAACAAUUCCAGUGGGAUGGCGUGGCAAUCAUGUGAUUCAUGUUGAUGGCAUAAGAGGGUCAUCUUUUACAUCUGAUAUGGCGAUAGAUGACUUUGGAUAUCAGGAGUUUAUGGGGAACUCAGGGUGUAUGGUCACACCAAGCUGUGCAGACCCACACCACAGACCAACAGCACCAACAACUUACCCUACCUGGAGACCAGGAACAACCUACCCUACCUGGAGACAAACAACAUACCGUAAAUGGAGACCAACAACUUAUACAGCAAAUCCCCCAAAUGUUGUUUGUGGCAGACCUUCCAUCCCUACCUCACGUGUGAUAGGUGGUCAUGAUGCAGCUCCAGGAGCCUGGCCAUGGCAAGUUGGUCUCUAUACGUCGAACAAUACUUUCUUUUGUGGAGGAUCUUUGAUAUCUCGCGAGUUUGUGGUUACCGCAGCCCACUGCAUCUCUCCAAAUGAACGAGUGUUUGUUGUUCUUGGUGAUACCAAACGUGACGUCCAUGAGGGAUGGGAGCAGCGAAUCUACGCUUAUAAAACCAUUGUGCAUCCAGACUGGGAUCCCAGCACUGGGGACUCGGAUAUUGCAGUGCUUAAAAUAAGCCAAGCAAMAUUAAACGCUUUCGUGCAACCAGUUUGUUUGCCUUCCUAUAACGAGUAUGUACAGCCUGGUACAAGGUGCUCUAUCACUGGAUGGGGAAUGAUGAAGUUUCCUGCCAAUGCCAGCAACAUACUGCAGCAGGCUGUCCUUCCAGUGGUCGGGAGUCAAGAGUGCAAAAGAAAGCUCUCAAAUAACAGUAACUCAAGCAAUUCUAGUUCUCCAGGCCUGAUCACUAUAACGGAUACCAUGAUUUGUGGRGGAGAGGACGGCUCYAUCAAGAGCGGUUGUUACGGUGACAGCGGUGGUCCGUACGUGUGUCAAAUGAAUGGUCARUGGGUUCUGCAGGGUGCCGUCAGCUGGGGAUCAGCUACGUGUGAUGCAAGACAACGCUACACUGUCUUUGCGCGUGUGUCGAAGUUUAGAUAUUGGAUCGAUCAACAACUGAGAUACCAAUAAUGGUAUUUAUUAAGGAUUUUUUUGGGAGAAAAAAGGUCCUUUUUUGCUCCUUUGAAGAAAUCACAGUUUGAUGACUUAUCUCUCCUCGCUUUUUUGUUUCAUCUAAAUUCUUUUUUUCUCUUUUUACCUUCUCUAUCCCUUCAUUGACUUUUGAGUGGUAUCAUCAUAURCUACUCCAUUUACUAAACUCCUUUUUUUUCCCAACGAAACUGCUUUCUUACUAAAAUCCAAAAAAUCCUGUGCCAUUCAAAAAGUGUUAGAGGGUUUAGUGGGUUAGAUUAUCCAAUAAAACGAWGCAUUACAAUUUUUGCAUCAUG